AUGUCAUUUAUAUCUCUACAUCGGAAUCCUUUAUUAAAUACACCUUCGCGAAGUAGUGACACUCAGACAUUCUACACACCGCCGCAAGAAGGAGGAAUCUAUGGAACUCCAUUUACUGGGAGCUCUGUUGCAGCCUCUACUAUAAGACCUUAUCAACUGAGAUUAGAGCAAGAGUCUUCCCAAUCACAUUUUGAUAGGCUACCAAUCACCGAACAAGAAACAGAGGCAUUAGAGGUUUAUAAUGGUUUUGCCGAGGUUUUCCAAUCGGAGACUGCAAGUCUUACAGCUGAAAAAUACACAGAGAUUUGCAAAAAUUCAUAUGAUAUUUAUACAAAUGCAAUUUGUGGUGGUGGGAGUCGUAUUGAAGAAAAUCUACCGAGAUUUCGUGAAUUGUUUGAAGCGGAAAAAAACACGUGGAUGAUACUAUACAGAAUGCAACUUGGAAGGCUUAGUUCAUUAGAUGAAAUUGACCCAUUCGCAAGAUAUGGUGAAUACCUCGAUCUACGUCAAAAUAUUGACAAGGAAUUUUAUGAAAUGACUGUUGUACAGCGUUGGUUACAAGAAACUGCGCCGCCAUUUGCAACUGUUGAAACCGUUUCAGAGUAUUGGCCGCAUACAUCGAAAUAUCUCGAAAUACAUCAUAAGAAUAAAACAGGUUCUGAUCAAAUUGUCACCGAACUUGAUCCGGAUGCGUCACAUCGUCAAUCCAAACAUUUAGCUCAAAGUGAUGAACAACACGAAAGAGAGUUAAAUCGGUCAAUAUUCGAAUAUUUAAGAAGAGGACAAGUUAAAAAAGCAAAUGAUCUUUGUGUAAAUAAUGGUCAAAAUUGGCGAGCUGCAAGCUUGGCUGGGUGGGGCGUAUUUUGCGUGUUCCCUGACGAAGAUCAAAUAGAACAACCGAGAGGUAAUCUUGCCAGAACUCUAUGGGAAGCAACUUGCUAUCAGUUGGCAAAGGAGCCUAACAUCGAUACUUACGAAAGAGCUGUCUAUGCUGUCCUUUGUGGCGACUCCAAAAACAUAAUUCCCGUAUGCUCCACUUGGGAAGAUUUUCUAUGGGCGUAUUAUGUGGAAUUGAUUAAUCGAAAAGAAAAAAAGCAUCUUAGAUGGUUUCCUUCAGAGGCACCAGCUGUCGAAGAAGAAUUGCAAAUGAAACGCGAAACAGUCGAUCUUGAUAUUCCACAAGUAUUCGAACGCGCAGAAGGUCAUAUCGAAAUGAGAUAUCCCAAUUCAAGGAAUGACAUAAUUCAUACGAUUUAUCAUGAGGUGCAAAAAUAUACUGUAUUAGAUCAAUAUGAAAAAAUACUUCCACAUAUAUAUUCACAAAUUUUACAAAUCGCAAACCUUAAUAUACCCGAGUCUUUAAUAGCCGAAAUUAUCAGAUUUUCGACGCAUCUUCUGUUAUAUUUAUGUGAAAUUUGUUUAUUAGUUCAUCGUCCGGAAUACGAUGCAAUCAUUGAAAAAUAUGUGGAUGUCUUGAUUGCUCUCAAAAAACAUGAUUAUCUUCUCUUGUAUUUAAAAAGACUUCCUAAUGAGCGUACUAUACACUUAUAUGCACAGUUUUUAAAAGGUUUGGGCAUUAUUAGCAAGGAACAAAGAAAGAAGUAUAUUGAUAUAGUUGAUAGCUUUGCUUUGAAUAGAGAGAAUAUAAUCCAAACUACGGUAAAAAUGGUCUUUGAAGAAGCUAUAAAGAAGGAACCUGUGGCGCCUCCUAUUUCAAAUGUAAAACUGUCGAGCGUAAACGCCAAGCUCAAUACAUAUGAUGAAUAUCAAAUUUCUACUUUGGAAUGGUUCUCUUUCCUUCCCAUGCGAAAAGAACUUUUGCUGAAUGCACUUGACCAGUUUAAUGAUUUAUCUAAACGGCUUUUGGUAUCGGGCAAAUUAAAUGGCAUGAAAAAGAUUGUGGACUUCCUUGUAGACUUCACCACCAUAAACUAUUUACUAUAUUCUUCUGAUGGUAAAGAACCCGCAGUAUAUGAAUUUCUUUCCUAUCAAUGUGUUGUAAAAUUCUUUAUUUCUUAUGAGGAUUGGGAGGGCGCGUGGCGGCAAAGAUCUUUUAUCAGUGAAAUGACUGCAAUAGAAGACUGGGAAGAAGAUAUUCACGCAAAGACUUUGAAAGUAAAGGACAGCUUUCAAAAUCUUUUAUCAACGACAAUAGCACAGAAACUUGAUGAUAAUGAAAAACUAAAGUCUAUAUAUUCACGACUACGGUGUAUUUACUUUCCUGAAAUAAUUUUUCAAUAUCAUAAAGUAUUAUUUCAAACACGCCAAAUCGUCGAGGGAAAUUUGAAGGAAAGCAUACACCUUGCUGACAUUGUAGCGUUUGACGACCACCAAUUUUACAAAGAGCUAAAACAAACCAACAAACUGGCGAGUUUUUUGAAAUUGAUUCGAGAAAGUUCGCGCGAGUUGUUGAACAAAAAUGAGGAUGUUAUAGAGUGA